UGUUCCAUAAAUCCAGAUAUAAAAUCCACUUUGUAAGUAACAAUGUUUUGAGAAACAGAUGGUUAAAAGACUUAUCCCAGAAAUACACAGAAACUCUUGAGCUCCCCUCUCCCAUAAGAAAAACACCUUGGAAAAUGGGUGAAGUUCGGUAAAGAUCUGACAUUUUCAGUAACCACAAGAGGGCAGAAUCAGAAUACAUUAUUUAAAGUAUAGCAGUAAGAAACUGAUGCUUCCUUCAGAGGUGUUAUAACCUGGUGUUAGAAUACAGUUGAUGGAGGGAAUGCUUGCCACCUUUUUGAUAUUUGGACCCUUGGUAUGAAAAGUGCUAGGAGCUUUUUUCACAACCAUUUGUGCGUUUUUAGUAGGCAUGAAUAUGUUGACCGAGCAUGCUAGUGCAGAGAAUGUACCCAAACGUUCGUCCUUCCCUACUUUGUCAUGUCAGGGUCUUGUUUUGCAUCUGGCUUUGUUCCCGUUGGCAGUCUAUCCUCGCAUUCAUAGAUCAAGAAAUCCCAGUUCCUUAGCGUGAAAAAACACCGUCCAAUUUGUUGAAACACCGCUCUGUCUUACGCGCUUUAAUUUGCGCAGGCCUCCUGGGAAACCCCUUUCAUGUGACUGGGAAUCCUCGCCUGCCUGGACCUUCACAGGGCUCCUGUACCAUGCACAUACGCUGGCAGUAGUCCCUGACUUCAAACGCGGCUGCAGGUUUGCGGGAGCGAAAGCAGCCGCCUGACGCAACACCAGUGGAAGGGUGCUAACAGUGCUGUUCAGCUGAAGCACCUGACACAUGCUAUCUGACCAUUUUUAUCUCUAGGUCCUUUACAGCUCCAACGCAUUUCGCCUUAGGAAUCAUCAUUGGAGUCUAGGUUUUUGGUUUAAAACCCCCACUUCGUCCGUGGGCCGAGCUCGUCCGCGGAGGAGCGGCUACCCCAGCCGCCAGCAGGAAGCGGCCGCCCCGCCCCAAAGUGCCGCCAGCCCCGCCCGACCCGCUCUUCCGUUUCCGGUAGCGCGGCGCGGAGGUGGCGUCAUCUGCGAGUGGCCGGCCGGCCGCCAGCGCGAAGACGCGCGAUGUUGAGCCGGCUUCAGGAGCUGCGCAAGGAGGAGGAGACGCUGCUCCGGUUGAAAGCGGCCUUGCACGACCAGCUGAACCGGCUCAAGCUCUAGUCUCGCAAAGCCGACCGGCUGGCGGAUGCGCCCACUCUGCGAAGGAAAACGGUUGAAGAACUGGCUCUCCAGUCAAUGAUUAGUUCUGGGAGAGAAGAUGAGAUGCUGUCUUCUCAACCUGCGCCUGAACAGUCACAUGAUAUGUUGGUGCAUGUAGACAAUGAAGCAUCAAUCAACCAGACCGCACUGGAGUUGAGCACAAGGAGCCAUGUGCCAGAAGAGGAGGAGGAGGAGGAGGAGGAGGAGGAAGAAUCAGAUUCCUGAAGGGGAGAAGAGCCAGGGUUAGUCACAGGAGUUAAGUUCUAAGCCGCAGGAACUUUCUCUCUUCAAAGAAUUCUUGCCAUGGGCCCUGUAGCCUCCUUUAAAAGGAAGCAAGAACUUUAGGAGGAUGUGUAGUUGUAGAAAUGGUUCCAUCAAUAACUCAAGUUUCAGAGUGCUUUAACCAAAAUUAGUGACAUACAGAAAAGCUGAGAUGCAGUGUUUCAAUAUUGAGCAAUAUGGGUGGUGCUGUGUUUAUAUUCUGGUCAGAUUCAGUAAUUGUGUUCAAAACCAAAAACUUCCUCUGAAAUGCUACUGAGAAGGUCUGGCAUUUGCAAAAAGGGCAGAGUUUAAAUACAAGCCAGCCUUUACAAUCAACAAGGCCUCUUUUAAGAAAACCAAUUAUAAACACUGUUUGCAUGCCAUUGAACCCUUGUGAGCAGAGCAAGGCCACAGUGUGGGAGAGAAAGAUGACAAAGAGGAGGACAGAGGGCCACUUGAGAGCACAAGCUGUUGCCACCUCUCAGUGACAUCGUAAAACGGCCUACUAACAUGCUUUGUAUGGCUGUUACCACAUCUAGGUUGAGACAUCACUAUGGUAAAAUGUGCUUAGAAAUAAAGAUAAAUAGUUGUCAUGCAGCUUGCUGCUUUCCAGACAGAAACAGAAAAGGGUCAGUUCCCCUGGGGCGAACAAUAUAGUAGGAUGGUUGAAAACCCAUUUCUGGACUUAGGAAAUGUGCCAUUGAAGGAUCACUGGGCUUGGGAGGUUGGAUUUUGUAAUAAAGAGAUGACAGUUACAGAGUAAGAGUUGUUAAACUUCGUAUUUGAAGUUGAGACUCAUUUCUGCAUACUGUCCCUUUUCCACUGAAUGUACAGACAAGUAGUUGCUUAAUUUUAUGAAAGUAAUUGGCCCUGCCCAGAAAAGCCAAACAAAACACAAACAACCUCCUCAAGCACAGCUCCUUACAAAACUGUUCCAGAAGAGAGCACUGACAUAUUUGUUAAUAUUUCAUUAAAGUUAUUUUGAGCUACUCUUACAGGAAGUAGCCAGAAGUUUAAAUGAGCAUGUUUCUUGGAAAACACAGUGUGAAAAUUAUUUUGCAACAAAAAGCAUCAAGGUACACAUCUUGGGGACUAACUUAAAACAUGAGCAUGGGUUUUUAAGAGCUAGAAAAGUUGGGUAUGAAUUCUAGCUUGACCACCAACUGGUUGCUUGCUUUUCACCUUUGCAGCUCACUUUCCCAUCUGUAAAAUGAGAGUACUCGUAUCUGCUCUAGCAGUUUUACAGGUCCUUGUGAGACACUCACAGGCAUCCUUUAAAAAUCCAACUAUUGGCAAUUUCCUGGUGGUCCAGUGGUUAGGACUCCGCGCUUUCACUGCCGAGGGCCCGGGUUCAAUCCCUGGUGGGGGAACUAAGAUCCUGCAAGCCUUGCGGCGGCUGGGGAAAAAAAUCUGACUAUUAUUGGCAUCUCAGUAAGGAAGUUUGAGUAAGGAAUUUGGCCUGAGGAACUCAAAAAACACAGCAAGAGUGAUGUAGGGAACAUCAUUCUUGAGAAUUAGAUCAUUCUUGGUGAAAAGUACUAGGAAGAAAUCUUUUUGACUCUCAAAAUGAAAUACCUUUGGAUGUGAAUAGAGGAUUUAAAACACCCCUCAAAAGAAAUUGACCUUGGAAGUGUUCAGAUCCAGGUUUUAGACACCAGGUUGCCCCAUUCAUUAGUUGGCACACUUUGAGACAUUCUCAGUGGUGGUGACAUCCUCUCUGUUAGGAAAAGACCCUGGGUGUGAGUAGGGUGUGGGUCUUAAACCUCGUCUGAAUGUUUGUGUAUUGAAAACAUGUAAGUUAGGCUGUUGACCUAGAACGGAUGUUAGCCUCGCAGUGAGAAAAAAUAAAUGACUGGCUGAGGCAGCUGUGUAUAUA